AUGAGAGAUUUUUCCAUCGCCCUCAGCAUCAAGGGGAGAGAGAAGAAACAGAAUGUUCUUAUGCUGUCAACUAUGCAUGGAACAGGGGAUGAAUCAAAUACAGUAGAACUCCUGGAAAUUAUUCAGUUUUAUAACUCUACCAAACGAGGUGUUGACAUGCUAGAUCAGUUAUGUCAUUCGUAUUCUUGUGCUAGGAAAACCUAUGGGUGGCCUCUCUUCCUAUUCUAUAACUUGUUAAACAUUACUGGACACAGCUCGAGCUCUGCAGGUGAUAAGGAAAUAUUUCAGAACAGUCGAUCUUACUUAAAGACAUUGGCUGUAGAUAUGAUGCGACCAGACAUGUUACGACGUUUGGAAAACGAAAAGUGUCUUCAGUAG